UAAAUCGGACAUUACUACGCCUCUUUGGAAUCGGCGAGAACGUGCCAAAACGCUUAACGAUUCAUGUGAUGGAUAAAAGUUAAGGUACCUAAUUAUAGACAAGUUUCAUCUAAAAGCGCAAUACUUUACUAGAACAGACUUGCGAAGUGAGGGAAAGGAGUCAAUCUGAAUUAAAAGGAUGACCGACAUCCAACGAUGCUAUAUCUGUCAGAAAGGCAUCAAUGAUGACACUAUUCAGCUUUGCGUUAGCUGUAGUCGCUUAGUGUGUUCGAGGUGCACGCCGAUGGUUUUUUACAACCGAUACCAGUCUGCACUUUGCAGCAAAUGCCCCACACCACAGAUGACCCAUUCAUGCGGCCGAUGUGGCCUUCAAAUAUCGCUAUUUGAAUUGUUUUUUUUCUGUUCUAUGUGCGCUGUGCCACUUUGCACGGGAUGCCUUUGCUUCUCCUUCGAAAACGGUAGCUUAAAGUGCUUUCAGUGCUGUGAUUCCCCUAUAUGCUGGAAGCUGCCAAGCACCCAAGCUUCGUACCAGUUAACUGAACAGUUUUUGGCGCGCUUACAGAAGGCACCAGAUGUAACGAAGCCUCCAUUACGCGAGGCAAACCCUGAUCCCACCUCUAGUACUUUAAUUUCAUCUGCCCUUGAGCGAACCACGUGUUCAGAGUACACUCAUCUCUAUGAUAAGCAAAAGUUAGGCGAGGGCGCGCAAGGUGUUGUGUAUAAGUGUCGUACUGUUGAUAAUAAAACGGUCGUGUCGAAGGAGAUGAUUUUCGAUGAGGUGGAUCGGUCCGUGAUGGAGUCUAGGUUACGUCAAGCACUGCGCAUCAAGGCACUGAGUCAUCCUCACCUUAUCUGUUACCUCGAUGUGAUACUGCGGGAGGAUCCGUUGCGUAUUUGUGUGAUUAUGCCGUACUACGACAAGGGAGAUUUAAGGGAAUAUAUCACGCGGCAGCGUGCCCCGGUGAAGGAGUGCGUGUUAUGUUCCAUCGCAUUGCAGAUUGGUUUAGCUUUAAAGUACCUUCAUACACAGGCCCCGCCACUUGUGCAUCGUGAUAUCAAACCAGAAAAUGUGCUUUUACUAGAUAAUGAGGAACAAGUUUUGCUUAUGGAUCUUGAUUUGUGUGGCGCCGCUGAUUUAAUGUGUAGUUUGUCAAAUCGAAAAGUGCCUUCAUCUACAUAUGAGUACCGAGCUCCUGAGCUGGCAAACACGACAGGUUCCACCAAGUCUGAUGUAUUUAGCCUAGGUGUUAUGAUGUUUGUUCUGGCUACGCUUCCCGAGUUUCCGUGCGUUCGAUCAGAAAAUGGCGAAUACAUGGUGCUAUCGGCCCCGGAAUGGACACCUCACUCGCUGGGAAUGGUCAUUCGGCGAGAAAUAUGGCAAGUGAAAAACUACGUGUAUUCUGAAUUGUUUAUUCAGCUACUCGUGAACAUGUUAACUCAUGAUCCAGAUCUCCGACCAACGUCUACACAAGUAUGCGACACUUUGGCUGAAAUAAUGGAGCAAAGGCUCAUGCAGGGAUAA